CUCGCUACCUCGCUCGCUCUCGGCGGCCGCUCUCGCUGUGGCUGCGGCUGAGGCUGGGGGCGGCGGCGGCGGCGCGAGCGGCGGGCGGCGCGGGGCGGUCCGGCGGGUUCAAAGAGGAAAACAUGGCGGAAAACAAAGGCGGCGGUGAGGCAGAGAGCGGCGGCGGGGGCAGCGGCAGCGCGCCGGUAACCGCCGGGGCCGCCGGGCCCGCGGCGCAGGAGGCGGAGCCGCCUCUCGCCGCGGUGCUGGUGGAGGAGGAGGAGGAGGAAGGCGGCAGGGCUGGCGCGGAGGGCGGUGCGGCUGGGCCCGAUGACGGGGGGGUGACCGCGGCCUCCUCCAGCUCGGCUCCGGCCGCCUCGGCUCCCGCGGCCUCGGUGGGCUCCACGGCUCCCGGGGGCGCGGCAUCGACGCCGGCCCCAGCUGCAGCGUCGGCUCCGGCCCCGGGCCCCUCGUCGGGGCCGCCUCUCGGGCCACCAGCCUCGCUUCUGGACACCUGCGCCGUGUGUCAGCAGAGCUUGCAGAGCCGGCGUGAGGCGGAGCCCAAGCUGCUCCCCUGCUUGCACUCCUUCUGCCUGCGCUGCCUGCCGGAGCCCGAGCGCCAGCUCAGCGUGCCCAUCCCCGGGGGCACCAACGGCGACGUCCAGCAAGUUGGUGUAAUACGGUGUCCAGUAUGUCGUCAAGAAUGCAGACAGAUAGAUCUUGUGGAUAAUUAUUUUGUGAAAGACACAUCUGAAGCUCCUAGCAGUUCUGAUGAGAAGUCAGAACAGGUCUGUACAAGUUGUGAAGACAAUGCAAGCGCAGUUGGUUUUUGUGUAGAAUGUGGAGAGUGGCUAUGUAAGACAUGCAUUGAAGCACAUCAGAGAGUAAAAUUCACUAAAGAUCAUCUAAUCAGGAAAAAAGAAGAUGUUUCAGAGUCUGUUGGAGCAUCUGGUCAGCGCCCUGUGUUUUGUCCUGUACAUAAACAAGAACAGUUGAAAUUGUUCUGUGAAACAUGUGAUAGACUGACAUGUAGAGACUGUCAACUGUUGGAGCACAAAGAACAUAGGUAUCAAUUUUUGGAAGAAGCGUUUCAAAAUCAGAAAGGUGCAAUUGAAAAUCUGUUGGCUAAGCUUCUUGAAAAGAAGAAUUACGUUCAUUUUGCAGCUACACAAGUGCAAAAUAGGAUUAAAGAAGUAAAUGAGACUAAUAAACGAGUAGAACAAGAAAUUAAAGUGGCCAUUUUCACCCUUAUCAAUGAAAUUAAUAAGAAAGGAAAAUCUCUCUUACAGCAGCUAGAGAAUGUUACAAAAGAAAGACAAAUGAAGCUACUCCAGCAGCAGAAUGAUAUCACAGGCCUUUCCCGGCAGGUGAAGCAUGUUAUGAACUUUACAAACUGGGCCAUUGCAAGUGGCAGCAGCACGGCACUACUGUAUAGCAAACGGCUGAUUACUUUUCAGUUACGUCAUAUUUUGAAAGCACGAUGUGAUCCUGUUCCUGCUGCCAAUGGAGCAAUUCGUUUCCAUUGUGAUCCUACCUUCUGGGCCAAAAAUGUAGUGAAUUUAGGUAAUCUAGUAAUAGAGAGUAAGCCAGCUCCUGGUUAUACUCCUAAUGUUGUAGUUGGGCAAGUUCCUCCAGGUACAAACCAUAUUAGUAAAACCCCAGGACAGAUUAAUUUAGCACAGCUUCGACUCCAGCACAUGCAGCAACAAGUGUAUGCACAAAAACAUCAACAGUUACAACAGAUGAGAAUGCAGCAACCGCCAGCUCCUGUACCAACAACAACAACAACAACACAACAGCACCCUCGGCAAACAGCCCCACAGAUGUUACAACAACAGCCUCCAAGAUUGAUCAGUGUGCAAACAAUGCAAAGAGGCAACAUGAACUGUGGAGCAUUUCAAGCCCAUCAAAUGAGACUGGCUCAGAACGCUGCCAGGAUACCAGGGAUACCAAGGCACAGCGGCCCUCAGUAUUCCAUGAUGCAGCCUCACCUCCAAAGACAACACUCAAACCCAGGGCAUGCUGGACCCUUUCCUGUUGUAUCAGCACACAACCCAAUCAACCCAACAAGCCCUACCACAGCAACUAUGGCAAAUGCAAAUCGAGGUCCCACCAGCCCAUCUGUUACAGCAAUAGAACUAAUUCCCUCAGUCACCAAUCCAGAAAACCUUCCAUCAUUGCCAGAUAUUCCACCUAUACAGUUGGAAGAUGCUGGCUCAAGUAGUUUAGAUAAUCUACUGAGUAGAUAUAUCUCAGGCAGUCAUCUACCCCCACAGCCUACAAGUACCAUGAAUCCUUCCCCAGGACCCUCUGCUUUAUCACCCGGAUCUUCAGGCUUACCCAAUUCUCACACACCCGUGAGACCCCCUAGUACAUCUAGCACCGGCAGUCGAGGCAGCUGUGGAUCUUCAGGAAGAACUGCUGAGAAAAGUCAUAGUUUCAAAUCUGAUCAGGUGAAGGUCAAGCAAGAACCUGGGACUGAAGAAGAGAUCUGCAGCUUUUCAGGAGCUGUGAAACAAGAGAAGACAGAGGAUGGCAGGAGGAGUGCCUGUAUGUUGAGCAGUCCUGAGAGUAGUUUGACACCACCUCUUUCAACUAACCUCCAUCUAGAGAGUGAGCUGGAUACAUUAGCAGGCCUGGAGAACCAUGUGAAAACAGAACCUACAGAUAUGAAUGAAAGCUGCAGACAGUCAGGACUCAGUAGCCUGGUCAAUGGGAAGUCUCCAGUGCGAAACCUCAUGCACAGGUCGGCAAGGAUUGGAGGAGAUGGCAAUAGCAAAGAUGAUGACCCGAAUGAAGACUGGUGUGCGGUCUGCCAGAAUGGAGGGGAUCUGCUAUGCUGUGAAAAAUGUCCGAAGGUCUUUCAUCUUACUUGUCAUGUUCCAACGCUUCUCAGCUUUCCAAGUGGGGACUGGAUAUGCACGUUUUGCAGAGAUAUUGGGAAGCCAGAAGUUGAAUACGAUUGUGAUAAUAUGCAACACAGUAAGAAGGGGAAAACCGCACAGGGCUUAAGCCCUGUGGACCAAAGGAAAUGUGAACGUCUCCUACUUUACCUCUAUUGUCAUGAAUUAAGUAUUGAAUUCCAGGAGCCUGUUCCUGUUUCGAUACCAAACUACUAUAAAAUUAUAAAGAAACCAAUGGAUUUAUCGACGGUGAAAAAGAAGCUUCAGAAAAAACAUUCCCAACACUACCAAAUCCCAGAUGAUUUUGUGGCUGAUGUCCGUUUGAUCUUCAAGAACUGUGCAAGGUUCAAUGAAAUGAUGAAAGUUGUUCAAGUUUAUGCAGACACACAAGAGAUUAAUUUGAAGGCUGAUUCAGAAGUAGCUCAGGCAGGGAAAGCAGUUGCGUUGUACUUUGAAGAUAAACUCUCAGAGAUCUACUCAGACAGGACCUUCGCUCCUUUGCCAGAGUUUGAGCAGGAAGAGGAUGAUGGUGAAGUAACGGAAGACUCUGAUGAAGACUUUAUACAACCUCGCAGAAAACGCCUAAAGUCAGAUGAGAGACCGGUGCAUAUAAAAUAAAAUAACGUGGACUUAAUCAGUUGUUUUUAAAAAGAAAGAAAUAACAGAAGAAGGAAACAAAACAAAACGCCCUUUUAUUUAAGUGUUACUGGAAUAUCCUGUGUACAGUGGGUACCUCCUUAAAGAAGCUGGUAGCUUUCAUACAGUAUUAGAUUGAAAUAAUGGACACAGAAAACAUUCUUGUCAAGAAAUGGGGAGAGAGCUCUGCAACUUUUAAGUAAGGAGCAAAGUCAGACAUGAAAGAGUUUGACGUUUUGUUACAAAUGAGGAUGGUUCUCUGACUGUUAGAAACUUAAAUGAUCAUGUGUGUUAAUUGGUGCAGGAUGCUGAGUCAGGCGAGGCUCAUGUUGCAUCAUUGUGUCUCUGCUAGAGCACACAGUUACUCAAACAACUUAUAAGUCUCCUCCUACACAGACACAAAUGGGUUGUUUUCUGGUUAAAAAUCGAGUAGAUCAUAUUCCACUUGAAUGUCACUAAAGAUGCGUUGAAUCAUGCCACUGUAUUUUUUCUCAUUUUGAUCUAUUGGGCCUUAGUUUUUAAAUUGGUUUAAAGAACUCAAAUGUAGUUUUAUUUUCUACUUAGAUAUAGGGUCUAGGAACAUAACUUGAUAUCUGAUAGUCAGCUUCAGUGGUGUUCUGAAAUGAAUAUGGUAACUUCAGUAGUGGAUCAUACAGAUUUAUGGAAAUCAUUUCCAGAAAACCCUUCUAAACAAUUACACAUACUGGUCAGAUCAUCUGAUCAUGCAGUUAGUUAUUCCCUCAAAAGGCAGAACAUUUAUUUCAAAAUUUUCUGUACAUGUAAAUUAGAUUGAGAAGGUGACAACUGACUCUCACCCAGUCUUUCUUUGUACCAGUUUCCAGUAGACCACUAUUGGUAAACAGAAAUCUGUCAGCUACCAAAUGUGUACAAUUUUCUGUAUUUCACUUUGUCUUAUUUGUAAAUAGUGAGCUCAGACUUCUGGCAGAUCAGCAACAUUUGCUGAGCCUGUUUUUUAAGCUAAUGUGUAUUCUUACUAAUGUUCCUAUCAAGAAUGGAUUUGUAAUAUAUGCUGUCUAUUUCUAAUGUUCACAUUCAUAUUUUGAGGUUCUAUCUUAUUUUAAUAGAGAACAGACUUCUCAAAAAAUCUUCAGAAGCAGCUUAUUAUUGAAAUAUCAAAAUAUUGAAAUAAACCCGGUGGGGUUAGAUUACUCAUCUGUCCACCAAGUGGGACGUGUGCAUGGACUGGGGGCUUUAAAUGACUUAGAAGAUACUUGUAAGUAAAUCCUGAGAACGAGCCAAUCCCCAUGUGAAUGGUAGUUGGAGUACACCCAGCUUUGUUUACUGCCUGAUGACAGGAGUAAUACCUGAAGCAGAUAGACCAACUCGAUCUGGUUUAUUUUCUCCUCUUCGUUGUGAUGCUCAAAUCAAGUGUGCUCUAGACUGUGUGCGCAUCUCCGUUGGAUUAAAAGUUGUAGUCCUACUUCUGUAUGGACACAGUAGAAUUACAAAGUGACCAAAGUAGAAUCAACAUCAGAAGCGUUUCAGGUGUCAGCAGAUGUGUGGCAAAUCACUUGCCUCUUAAAAAAAUCAGUUUAAGCAGUUCAGACUAUAGACGUACUCAGAAAACUAUUUGACUUAAUUGUCGAAGAAGUGAAUAUUUUUAGUGUGCAUUGAAUCAAAUAAAGUGCUCUAAAGAAAUUAUUAUACAGAUUCCUUUGGGUUUUUCUUUUCUUAACAAGGGAUGUGGGUAAAGAGGAGUAUGAUUUAGGCCUUAUACUGUUCCUAAACAAUAUUGAUCACACCACUGGCUUCAUCUCUUGGCUUCCUUCUAGCUUUUCUUUCCUUAUAAAUUAAGGUUCAUUUUAAAAAAUGCUCCAAACUGAUUUAUUAUUUUAUUGAAGUUUCAAGUUCUGUUUUUGUUUGUUUGUUUGUUGCUUUUUCGAGACAGGUUUCUAUGUAGCUUUGGUGCCUGUCCUGGAACUAGCUCUUGUAGACCAGGCUGGCCUCGAACUCCCAGAGAUCCGCCUGCCUCUGCCUCCUGAGUGCUGGGAUUAAAGGCUGCGCCACCACCGCCCAGCUUGUGUUUUUUUUUUUUUUUUUUUUUUUUUUUUAAUGAAGGGACGAAAAUUUAUUUUUAGAAUGUUUUAUUUAUACCUAUUUUUCUCUUUUCUUUGAUAUCCAUGAUUCUGAUUUGUAUAUAUAUAUCUAAGGGCAUAUUUUUUGGCAAGUGGGGGAAUAGGGGCCUAGCUUCAUUUUGUGCCGCUUCUGAGCCAGUGUUUUGUAUUUGUUUUUCAUAUUAAUUCUUUACCAUAUUCUUAGUAAUAAGUUAUAAAUAAGCUCUGUCAAGUGGGUGCAGAUUUUAAGCAAAUGUUCCCCACUAAAGCCAUUCUCGUGUUACAUGGGAGUUUUUUUUUCUCUUUGCUUGUUUUAAGACCAUCCAUUUAGAAGCUUCCAUUUCUGUUAGCAGAGAUACCCCUACUGCUGAGGAAUUAAUUUGUUAUCCACAAGCCACUCUUAAGUGAUAUUCACACUAACUUUGAUAAAGCGCUUCUGCACACUGAUCAUUGUGUUUCCAGGCUGUUUAGCUUUAACGUAUGUAUGGUUUAAAAGUAUAAAAACUUAAAUUCUUACUCAAAUUAUCUCAUAUUUCCCUGUUUAUAUUUUUAAAAUGUAGAGUGUCUUUUAAGUCCUAGGUGCAGAUGCGAUAACUCUGUUUGUAUUCUUUGAUAGAGCCUCUGUCUCAGAUAUGGAAAAGAGGUCACACGUCGAUUCCUUUAAAUCCUUCAAAGCUCUUGAUGAAUUUAGGGUUACUUUUCCCAUGAGAGAACUAAGCAUAAAUGUUUCUCAACCCGUUGUACUGGCCUUAACUUACCUAUCUCAGCACUGACUCUCCACUGCUCAGCUGACAAAGGAACUGCUUUAUCAGGGUGGUGUGCGAGGGCUCUAGAGUCUGGUCAGAUUAUCAACCUUGCUCUGAACAAACAUCAAACUGUUACCAUGGAGCUAUGCUAAAAUUGCUCACCUGCUGAAAUUGCCCUCUUUGGAAUCAACAGGUUGUGUUUUUGUUGUGUCCCUCCACCCCCUACACACACACACUUUUGUUUCUUACUCGGAAUUUUUAGUUUAUUAAAAAGUCAGUUCUCAUUCCUUGUUAUAAUAGGUUUUGGAAUUUUUUAGUUAAUCCAAAGACAUAAUGCUUUAAAGUGUGCAAAUUACAGAUUUGUCAAUUACCUCAGCAGAUAUCCUGCCAUGUAAUUAUUAGUAAACCAACAGAUUCAGAGGUCUUCCGACUAUGCCCUUGGGUUGUGGUUUACCACGAUGUAAUUAAACCGUUUGCUCUAUCCAAAUUGGGGAGUAGAUGCUGUAGGUCUCCCCCCUUAGCCUUUACAUCUGGUACCCAGCCUCAUUCACAUAUAGCACAUUAGGUACAAAAAUUGGUUUCUUGUAGCCAGAAUUAGAUUGAAUCAUUAAGUACUUUAAUAAAAAUGUAAGAAAAUAAACACGCUAAGUCCCUGAAUUAAAACAGCUUCUUUGGCUGGGGAGAUGGUUGGUAAGUGGAAAGUACUUGUUCCCCAAGCAUGAGGUUCUGGGUUUGCAUCCCCAGCACCAAUAUAGAGGUGGCCACAGUAGUGUGCACCUGGAAGCCCAGUGCCGCUACAGCAAAAUGGGAGGUGGAAGGUGAGGACUAAUACCUGGAGCUGUCCUGACCGCCACACACACCCUACACACCUCCACAUAUACCCUCAUGUACAACCUACGAGCUUACACACCUCCCCCACACAUGCACCCUAGCAUGUGUGCCCUCACAACAUGAGCGUAUACACCUCCACACAUGUCCUCACACACAAUAGUCAAGCAUACACACCCUAUUUGCCUCUACUAAUAAUCUGCUGAAGGUGAUUAAGAGUUUCAAGAUGUAUUGCAGUUGGAUUGUACACCUGGCCUGGAUUAACUUACUUCUUCCAGUUAAUGCUUCCUUGAUAAAGCAAUAAUGCUGCUUUGAGUCUGUUGCCUAAUAGCAUGUCAUAACCCUCCCCUGGAUGGUGAUUUUAUAGGAAAGUUUGUAUGCAUAUCACCCAAUCUAUCUUUUAAAAAAAUUAAGAAAUUUAAAUGUAUGCUGGAAGUAAUGACAAUAUAUUGUGGCAUUUUAUUUUAAAAAAUUGGGGAAAGUUGCAUAUUUUUUUAAAAGUAGCUGUUUGAGUAAAAAAAAAAUUGAUGGUACUUUUUUAAGGAAAAAAAUUUAUAUGCCACAGUUUACAUAGACAUUUCCAAUGUCAGCAUUUACUCUUGGGUAUAACAGCUUCUUUACUGGCUAAAUGCAUGUUUUACUUGGUCAGAAGUGCAUCUCUCCCAUCUUAGUUACUUCUGUUUCCUUACAUGACCCUUUAUAUAUUUUUAUUGUAACUAAAUUAUCUUCAAAAGUAAGUUGGGUAUAUUUGUUAAAACUGCAGAAUGUAUAGAAUCGAGGUUCUCCCUUUUCUAGUGUUACUUAAAAACUGAAAACGAUACUGUGUGACAUUGAACAGAUCCCAAUGGAGGCACCAAAACGAUCUUGGAGUGCCGCAGUACUCCAUUCAGGCAUGGCCCAAAUUUCAUUCGUAGGAAUGAAAUGCACGUCUGCUCCUGACCUGACAAAUGUAGGCAUUUACUAUGUUUUAGAGCAGUGAAACAUGGACGUAAGCCUAUAACACAAGGUGUGUGCAGUUAGAAAGCCUGCACACAAGGAUUCAAGUCACAGCCUUACUAGUUCCUUGCUUCCAGUAUUUGAACUGGCCCUCCCCUCAUUACUACUAUUUUUGCACAUAGUUAACUAUCCUUCAGAAUGAUUCUUUAAAAAGUGCUGUUUCUGUGGUAUUGUAUUCUCUAAAUGGUCAUAUUUAAUUUUUUAAACAAGGUUACAAUUUCUUAUUGUUCUGUUCCUGUGUUUUUGCUGCCGUGUAAUAAAAGAAAGUUUUUUCUUUUCGUGGUUAUUUAAUACAUUAGCUGCUUGUAAAUAAUUCUUGUUACAAUGCUCUGGAAUGUGUUGUAGAAGUUGUAUUAGAUUAGUUUGAAGCCUUGUUUAAAAACCACAUUGUUUUGGUUAUUUCUAUUAAA